CCUUUUGCUGUUUUGUGUUGUUGGGGCUUUAUUGAGUUGUCCAUCUCGUGCUGGCUGGGCAGGAAGGGAGUUUGCCCUCUCAUUUAUGGAGAAUUAUGCACCAAAUUAUGAAAGUCCUCGUUUUCAGCUGUACAUCACAGCUGUUCAAGCCAAUACCAAAGUGACCGUGCAAGUGCUUCCCUUGAAGUUCAAAGAGGAAAAAACCCUUCAAACUGGGGAAAGGGUCACUAUCAGUGUCCCGACCAGUGUUGAGAUGUACAACAGUGAAAAGUCAUUCAAAACUGUUCGGGUUGAAGCCUCAUCGGACGUGUCUGUAACCUCCUUUAACUACAAGCUCUACACAGCUGACACCGCUAUGAUAUAUCCAACCACUGAGUGGGGCACAGAAUACUUCAUCUUCACUCCUUCUGGAAGCCCCUAUGGCUCCAAAAAAGAGUUUGCAGUGACAAACGGAAAAAACAAAAACCAGGUGGAGAUAUUACCUGAAGCAUCAAUCAACUUUCAGGGUCGUGUAUUCAAAAUAGGCGAGAAAUUGGUAAUAGAUCUUGAGCCUUAUGAGAGCGUUCAGCUUCAGAGCACCGGCGACCUAUCUGGUAGCAGAGUUUCCUCCCAGCAACCUGUUGCUGUUUUCUCAGGACACACUUGCACCUUUCAUUUUACUAAGUGCAACCACGUCUAUGAGCAGCUUCUGCCAGUGAGCAGGUGGGGAACCAGCUUCAUCUUACCGGCUCUGAGCUUCCAGAACCAAUAUGACUCUGUUUAUCUCCAGGCCUCCCAAACCACCCAAGUUACUGUUAACAAUGGUAAACGUAAUGAUGACUUUAGACUCUCCAGAGGCCAGAUGAAGGAGAUCAAGUUGACAGACUCUAAAUCACUCUUUAUUCAGUCCGAUCAUGGCAUCCAGGUCCUGCUGCUUUUUAACGGUGUCAAAAAUAGUUGGUUCCUAUUAUACGAUCCAUUUUUGAUGACAAUUAUGCCUAGAGACCGCUUCUGCUCUUCCUAUUCACUGGAAGCUCUUGAAAAUUUUGACAACAAAGCCCUGAUUGUGGUAAAAACCAGUGCAACAGCCAAACUUCGUUUGGACAACGGAAAUCUACCACAAGGCAUACAAUGGGAAAAGGUGGCUGGGACAGAUUUCUCUUGGGCAGAGAUGUCCUACAAACACAUCCCUGGCAGUAGUAUCCACACAGUGUCCAGCUCUGGUUCUAGCUUUGGGCUCUACAGCAUUGGAGUCAGUCAAAUGAAUGGCUAUGGCUCUGUGGGACAAUGUAUAGAAGAAGGACAAGAUUCAGAUUCCUUGUCCUGCAAUAGCAUCACAUGUAGUCCCAAUGAGGUCUGUGAAAUGAGUGGUGGGUUUCCCUCCUGUGUGGCUAAACCAGUGAAACCACAGCUCGGUACCUGCUGGGCCAUGGGAGAUCCUCACUACCGUACUUUUGAUGGACGGCUCUUUGACUUUAUGGGUACCUGCACAUAUGUCAUUGCUAAACACUGCGGAAAGGACCGUAACCUCCCAGCCUUUGAAGUACUUGCCCAGAAUGAGAACAGAGGAAGUCUCAGAGUCUCGUAUGUUGGCUUGGUCAUGGUUAAGGUCUACAAUGUCACCAUCACGGUAGUUCGGUCUGAGAGGGGUCGUGUGAGGAUUGACAACAGUUUGUGGUCCUUGCCUAUUGUCUUGAACAACAGCAAACUGAAUCUAUUUCAAUGUGGCCGCUCUGCAGUUAUAGAGUCUGAUUUUGGCCUCACGGUCCGUUAUGACUGGGAUCACAAUCUUGUGGUCACUCUGUCCAACAGUUUUGCUGGUAAAACCUGCGGCCUCUGUGGUAAUUUUAACGGCAUUCCCACAGAUGAUUUCACCACACCCACUGGCACCCAGGAGAGUGGGGUUGUGGCCUUUGGGAGUAGCUGGAAGGUACCCGGGUUUGGGGAUGAUCCUAACUGCAGAGAUGACUGUGUAGGUGGGUGUGACAGCUGUAAUAGCCAUUUGAUGACAAAGUAUGGGCAUGACUUGUUUUGUGGGCUUAUCACAAAAGAAAAGGGUCCAUUUACCAGUUGUCAUCCAGUCAUUGACCCACAAGCUUACCUGGAGAAUUGUAAAUAUGAUUUAUGUAUGGGUGGUGGUCUUCAGCAAUUUCUUUGCAAAGCUCUUGAGACCUAUACCCAAGCCUGUCAGGAUGCUGGAAUCCAGGUUCAAGAUUGGCGGAAAAUGGCAAAAUGCUUUGCCAAAUGUCCAGCCAACAGUCACUAUGAACUCUGUGGGAACGCCUGUCCAGCCACUUGUUCUGACCCCACUGCCCCCUCUAAAUGCCAACGCCCCUGUGUGGAGACCUGUACCUGCGACAAUGGAUUUGUUCUAAGCGGAGACGAGUGUGUGCCUGCUGUUAAGUGUGGUUGCACCUAUGAGGGUCGUUACAUUCCUGCUGGGGAAGCAUUCUGGGCUGACCAGAGCUGCAAGCGAUGGUGUAAAUGUAUUCCUGGAAGCAGGCGUGUAGAGUGUCAGGAUAAGGGCUGUGGGGCAGGGCAGCAAUGCAAAGUGGUGAAUGGCAUAAGAAACUGCCAAGCAGUGUCCUACAGUACCUGUCAUGCCACUGGUGAUCCCCAUUAUGUGACCUUUGAUAAGGUGAGGUUUGAUUUUCAGGGCACAUGUGUGUACCAACUUGCAGCACUGUGCUCCAAGAAUCCAGAGUUGGUGCCCUUUGAAGUGCUGGUGCAGAAUGAUAACCGGGGCAGCAAGGUGGUUUCCUAUACUAAGUUAGUACAGAUCAAGGUGUACUCUACCAGCAUUGUUAUAACACAGACACACAAAGGCUUGAUUAUGGUAAAUGACGAGCUAGUCAACCUUCCCAUUAACCUCAAUGAUGGGAAAAUAUAUGUGUAUAAAAGUGGCUGGGAUGCUGUUGUCACCACUGAUUUUGGCCUAAAAGUCUCUUUUAACUGGGAAAGUGCUGCAUUUGUUACAUUGCCAAGCAACUACAAGGGAGCCGUGUGUGGCCUUUGUGGCAACUACAACGACAAACCCCAAGAUGAUCUGAUCCCAAAGGAUGGCAACAAACCCGCCAAGCCAACAGACUUUGGUUCAAGCUGGCGAGUGGCAGAGAUCCCAGGCUGUGUUGAAGGCUGCAAAGGGGUGUGUCCCAACUGUGAUAUUAUCGAGAAGGUUCAGUAUGAGAAAAAAGAUUUUUGUGGGAUAAUUGGAGACCCCAAAGGGCCGUUCCGUGAGUGUCAUGCCAAGGUGGAUCCAAGUGACUACUUGGAGGACUGUGUUUAUGAUGUGUGCCUGUAUAAAGGCAGGAAGGAUGUGCUGUGUCAGGCUAUUACAUCGUACACAUCUGCCUGUCAAGAAGUGGGGGCCAAGGUGUACAGCUGGAGGACCAGUCAGUUUUGUUCCGUGAAAUGUCCCAUAAACAGCCACUUUGAAAUCUGUACAACUGCCUGUCCUGCAACUUGUGGCAGUCUGGCUCGUCCUCAGGGAUGUACGAAUUUCUGCGCAGAGGGUUGUGUCUGUGAUGAAGGUUACAUCCUCAGUGGAAAUCUCUGUGUCCCCUUCUCACAGUGUGGGUGCAUUCACAGCAACCGCUACUACAGCUUAGGUGAGGUGUUUUACCCUAGUGGGCACUGUCAGGAGGAAUGCAAGUGCACACAGGAUGGAGAGGUUGAGUGCAAAAAGUUCAAAUGUGGUCCCAAUGAGAAGUGUAAGGUAGAGAACGGAGUCCAAAAAUGUCACCCUGUUGGAAAGGGUGUUUGCCAAGCUUCUGGUGAUCCCCACUACCUCUCAUUUGAUGGGCGGAAAUUUGAUUUCCAAGGCACCUGCACAUAUACUCUUUCCAAGAGCUGUGGUGUGGAGGGAACCCACCUGGAGGCCUUUUCAGUUCAGGUGGAGAACGUGCAAUGGGACCAAAUGAGGGGAAAGAAAAAGGUUUCUGUCACCAGGCUGAUUGCAGUGCAGGUCUAUGGCUUCACUAUUAUCAUUAGAAACAAAAUGCUUGGAGUGCUGGUAAAUGGAGAGUUUAACAACCUUCCUGUCAAUCUUAACAAUGGAGCAGUUAAGGUUUAUCAGGAGGGAAGAAAUUAUGUUAUUGCAACCAAUUUUGAACUGGUUGUCACAUAUGACCUGGUCUACCAUGUGACAGUCACGGUACCUGGUAAUUAUCGUGGCCAAGUCUGUGGGCUGUGCGGCAACUUCAACGGGGACAAAAACGAUGACUUCCAGAUGUCAAACAAUCAAGUCACCAAGGAUGUCAACAUGUUUGGAAAAUCGUGGAAGAUCGCCAUUCCCAAUGUGGUGUGUGAAAAUGGCUGUGAGGGGGACAACUGUCCAAACUGUGAUGCAGCUCUCAAAGCUAUAUUUUCAAAGCCCACCUACUGUGGCAUCAUUGCAGCUCCCACAGGACCAUUUGCAGCCUGCCACAGUAAAAUUGACCCACAACUGUACUUUGAUGACUGUGUGUUUGAUUUGUGCGCCUCCAAUGGAGAAGGAAAUGUGCUUUGUGACAGCAUAGCAGCUUAUGCUUAUAACUGUCACUUAGCAGGAGUGGAUGUCAAAAACUGGAGAACUCCAUCCUUCUGUCCCAUGAAAUGCUUUUCCAACAGCCACUAUGAGGUGUGUGCAGAAACCUGUUCUGCUUCCUGUCCCGGCCUCACAGAAAUUGUUGAGUGCCCCACUGGCUGUACAGAAGGCUGUGAAUGUGACACUGGCUUCCUGUUCAACGGACAGACAUGUAUCAAAGAAGAUGAAUGUGGCUGCUAUGAGAAAGGAAAAACAUACAAGCCUGGUGAAACCUUGUAUGAAGAGGACUGUAACACAAAGUGCACCUGUAAUCCGGCAACAGGUCUUGUCUGUGAAAAAUAUUCAUGUCCUAAAGACACUAAAUGCAUGAUCAAGAAUGGAAUCAGGGCAUGCUACAACACAGAUCCUUGCAAAGAUGCUAAUUGUCGUAUCCAAGAAGCAUGCCGUGUUGAGAAGGGUGAUGCUGUGUGUGUCCCCAAGUUCACCGGCACCUGCUGGGCCUGGGGUGACCCCCACUACCACACUUUUGAUGGGUACAACUUCGACUUCCAGGGAACCUGCAAGUAUGUUAUUUCCAAGACCUGCGGGACCCUACAUGGUCUCGUUCCAUUCUCCAUAAAUGAGAGGAACGACAAUCGAGGCAACACUGCAGUUUCUUAUGUCAGGGAGGUUGAAGUGCUUGUGUAUGGGUACACCGUUACAAUUCGAAAGAGCCAAGUUGGUAAAGUCAUGGUGGAUGGUGAGCUGGUUAAUCUUCCUGUUCACCUGGGUGACGGUGAAGUUUCUGUAUUUCAAAGAGGGUGCACCGCUGAGCUCCAGACAGAUUUUGGUUUGGUUGUCACCUAUGACUGGAACUGGCACCUUGUCAUCAAGCUUCCCAGCAGCUACUACGGAAGCGUCUGUGGCCUGUGCGGAAACUUUAAUGGCAACGGAGGGGAUGAGCUCCAGAAUCCUACCGGUCAAGCUGUCUCCUCAGUCAUUGAGUGGGGCAGGAGCUGGCAAACAUCUGAUCAGGACAAGGACUAUCCCUGCUGGAAUACGUGUGAGAAAAACUGCCCUACUUGUGAUGAACACGACAAAAAACUCUACCAGACUCAAACUUUUUGUGGGGCCCUCACAGCAACCACAAAUACUGUGUUCCAGAUAUGUAAUAGAAAAUUAGACCCUCAGGCCUUCAUGAACAGCUGUGUGUAUGACAUGUGUUUAAAUAAAGGAGACAAAAAGAUGCUGUGCCAGGCGCUGGGCUCCUACAAUCAACAUUGUCGAGAGAACGGAAUAAUAAUCAAGGACUGGAGGAAAAACUUUGGCUGUCCCAUGAACUGUCAACGCAACAGCCACUACGAAGAGUGUGCCAGCCCCUGCCAGCCGUCUUGCCCGUUCCCUGAGGAAAAGCAGGUGUGCAGUGGAGUGUGUGUGGAGGCCUGUGUGUGUGACCAGGGUUACGUCCUCAGCGCUGGUGUAUGUGUGCCGGUUAAAACGUGCGGAUGCUCAUAUCAAGGCCGCUACUACAUGCCAGGCCAACAGUUCUGGGUCGACGAGACUUGCGGUCGCCUGUGUGUGUGCAACACAACCCUGGGCAUGGUGACGUGCCGUGAAGCCUCCUGCUCUGCCAAAGAGAAAUGCACCAUAAUUAAUGGGGAGCGUGCCUGCAGGCCCAUCAGCUACAACACGUGCACAGCCUCGGGUGACCCGCAUUAUCGUACCUUUGAUGGCCGCAAGUAUGACUUCCAGGGGACAUGUGAGUAUCAGCUGGCUGGACUGUGCUCUCAGCAGGCUGGGCUGGUGCCCUUCAAUGUGACUGUGCAGAAUGACAACCGAGGAAGCAAGGCCGUGUCCUACACCAAGACUGUCAGGAUAUCCAUUUAUGGUGCCACUCUCAUCAUCAGCAGAGACUACCCCUACAAGGUCUUGCUGAAUGGCCAGCUUGCUUUGCUGCCUUUGGAUUACAAUAAUGAGCUGGCUGUGUUUCAAAGUGGCCGUACAGCUGUAGUGGAUACAAAGGCCGGUAUCACCGUGAGCUUUGACUGGACGAGCACAGUGACCAUCUCUCUGCCCAGUACUUACCAGGGCACAGUUUGCGGUCUGUGUGGCAACUACAACGGAAAAGCUCAGGAUGAACUGGUCAUGCCUAACGGACAGACCGCCCCUGAUGGGACCAGGCUGGGGGAGAGCUGGCAGGUGGGCCUCUCACCUGGCUGCUCAUCUGCCUGCCAAGGGCCGUGGUGCCAGGCCUGUUCAGACUCCGAGAGUAAAGUCUAUCAAGCUACCAAGUACUGUGGCAUUAUUGCUGACAAGGCAGGGCCUUUCAGAGAGUGUCACAGUCAUGUGGACCCCACGCCUUACAUGGAGGACUGUGUUUAUGAUGUCUGUCAGUACCAUGGGCAUCAAGGCUCAGUUUGUGAUGCUGUAGAAGUGUACGUGUCCGAAUGUCAGAGCAGAGGAAUCACAAUCGACUCCUGGAGAACAAAUACAUUCUGCCCAUUAAAGUGCCCUAGUAACAGCCAUUACACCCUGUGUGCCACGGGUUGCCCAGCCACCUGUGCUAGCUUAACCUCUUUUGCCACCUGCCAUAGGCGCUGUGCAGAAGCCUGUGAGUGCGAUCAAGGCUAUUUGCUAAGUGGGGAGGCCUGCGUGCCUGUGAGAGAGUGUGGAUGUUCCUAUGAUGGUCAGUACUACAAGAAAGGAGAGGUGUUCUACCCUGAGGACAAGUGCAUGGAAAAAUGCACCUGUGGAGAGAACGGGGCUGUAACUUGCCAAAAGCAGAAAUGUCGUCAAGGAGAAGUCUGUAAGCUUGUAAAUGGAGUGCAAGGAUGCCAUCCCGAGGGUGAAGCAAAGUGUGUGGCUUCGGGUGACCCUCAUUACACUUCCUUUGAUGGACGGAGGUUUGAUUUCCAGGGUACCUGCGUCUAUGUGCUGGCCAAGGUUUGCGACGAUGACAAAGGUCAGCUCACACCUUUUACUGUCACCCAAGGCAACGAGAAGUACGGAAAUGGAAAAGUGGCUGUAACCAAGUCAAUUGCAGUGACAGUCUAUGAUUAUGUGAUAUACAUUCAGCAGCAUCUGCCAUGGAAAGUCAUUGUGAAUGAUGAACUGCUCAACCUUCCUCUCUCACUGGAUGAAGGCCGUCUGAUGGUCACCCAAGAAGGUCGCAACAUAGUGAUCCGAACAACAUUUGGGCUCAGAGUCCUCUAUGACACUGUAUACUAUGUUGAGGUGGUCGUUCCUUCAACAUACCAGGAUAGGAUGUGCGGUCUCUGUGGCAACUACAACAAUAAAGGCAGCGAUGAUUUUAAACUUCCUGGUGGAAAUCAAGCCAAUGGCAUUGAUGACUUUGGGAAGGCAUGGGUGGUGGACCUUCCUGGAUACGUGUGUGGUGGCUGUGGAGGCCAGUGUCCAACAUGUGAAUCAGCCAAGGCUGCAUUGUAUGGAAAACCAGACUCCUGUGGUAUUAUCAGUGCGCUGAACGGGCCCUUUAAAGCCUGCCACAGUAAAAUUGAUCCAGCAGCAUAUGUGUCUAAUUGUGUGUUUGAUGUUUGUGCAACUGAUGGCAACAAGGACACGCUGUGUGACAGCUUACAGGCCUACGCACUGGCCUGCCAGAGUGCAGGGAUCCAAAUCCAGCCAUGGAGGAGCAACUCCUUCUGCCCUCCUUCCUGCCCCCCACACAGUCACUAUGAGGUGUGUGCUGACACCUGCAAGGGGACGUGCGCCAGCUUCCUUCAACAAGUUACUUGCUCUGAAAGAUGUUUUGAAGGAUGCCAGUGUGACGCAGGCUUUGUUUCUGAUGGCAUUCAGUGUGUUCCGCUUGACAACUGUGGGUGUGUGCACAACGGCAAAUAUGUGACGGUGGGUCAAGCUGUGGUAGACAAAGACUGUAGCUCUAAGUGUGAGUGUCAGGCCUCUGGGCUGGUAACAUGUGAAAAGCUGUCCUGUACCAGCGGGGAGGUCUGUGACGUGAGAGAUGGGGUCAGAGGUUGUCAUGUCAUACAGGGCCACUGCAAUGUCAGUCCAAUUGGUGAGCUGAGCUCCUUUGAUGGCAUGUCUGGAACAAUAGGAGCACAAGGGGCUUUUGAGUUGGCAUCUCUUUGUGACGAGACCAGCAAGCAGUGGUUCCGUGUGGUUGCGGACAUGAGGAGCUGUGAAAAGAAAGGGCCUUUUGCUGUUAACACUUUGUAUGUGUUCUUUAAGGACGCCACUGUGGCAGUAAACAGUGCGCAUGUAACCUGGGUAAAUGGCAGGAAGGUGUCCCUGCCCAGCAAAGUGACAAAUGAGCUAUCAGUCCAAAUCUUAAACAGGAGUGUGGUUAUUGCGAGGACCUCAGCUGUGCGGGUCACCUUUUCUAUUUCACAGAAGGUCACUGUCAGUGUCGAUGGUAACCUGUCCGGUAAAAAUUGCGGUGCCUGUGGCAACUACAAUAAUAACUCCAAAGAUGACAUGAAGACAGCAGAUGGGAAAAUUACAAGUGAUUUCUCAGCUGUGAUUGGCUCUUGGAGUGCUGAAGACUUCUCUAGAUGUGGCCUGUAGAUGCGCUGCUUCUACGUUGAUCGAGGCCACCAGUACACAGGAAGAAGAGAGGAAUCUCUGUUUGCAGCCGAGAUUGCCAUACUUAACCGCUUCCUCUUGAUUAUCGUUGUAGUUUUUGUUGUUUCCUGGCGAUAUAGUCGUCUUUUGUUCUUUUUGCUGUUAUUUAACCAAAUGGCUUACUCUUGUCCAACAUCUCCAUCUAGUGGAAGACAAACAUACAGCAACAUUAUACCUGAUUUGGUUUACUUAAUCUAUUACAUGUGUCCUCCUACCUGAUCACUAAAUAAAUAUAUGCUUGAUGACAA